AAGAUGUCGUCGCCAAGGUCGGUAACGUUUGCGUCUUCUGGGAGUGUAAUGGCCGGUUCCUCGGUUUCGCGACUGAACGCCUCGGGGGGUUCCGGCGCCCGACUGUUCCGUUUGGAGCGUCGUCUGGAAGUGGGAGUUGGUUCUUCACUCCGUUCUUCACUUAGGAUGCGCGACUCGGCUUCCGGUAGGACCAGCGGAUGGUCGUCGGAUGGGUCGUCCUCCGGAUUACCCUCCAGUUCAUCACGGUGUGGCUCAAUUCGUUUCU